GUCUGCAUGCAGAGGGAGGAGACACUGAAUGUUUAGAUGCAUUUUAGGCAGCCAUGACCCAGGAAGGAUCUCUAGCAGCUAUCCGAGGAGUGGCCAGUGAAGUUAUUCCGUAGCCUGUAAUGUAAACACUGCAUUUUCUCUGAAAAGACAGUGUUUACAGAAAAAAGCCUGAAGGUAAUUCUACUCACCAGAACAAAUUCAAUAAGCUGUAGUUGUUUUGGUGACUGUAGUGUCCCUUUAAGAAUUGUAUAUUUAUUUAUUGUAAAUUAAACUUCGCUAGUUUUAAGAAACAAAUCAAAAAGCUGGCUCCUAGAUUCCAAGCAAAUUUGUCAAGCCCUGCUUUAAGGUAAACUUGCCAUGAAAGAUAAGUUUCAAUUGCAGGCCAGGGAAUAAUGUUUCUACUAACGAUUGGCAAAAAAGAAAUUCAGAUCUGACAGUCUUGCUAUGGACUGCCUUUGAGGAUCCUAAGUAUUUUUUUAAAGCAGCAGCUUUAUGUGACAGCGGCUGCCCGUCUGAUAUAAAUUCAUUUUGAUCAACUUUUAGAUUGUACUACAUAAUUGUGCUAGUAACAUUGCUUACACACACACAAUUUUUUUAAAAUUAUUUUUUCUGUUUUGUUUUUCUUAGCGUAGAUUAGGGAAGUAGAGAUUACAAAUAUGAAAUCCAGAAUGCUGUGCAAGGCAUCCUGCAACUCCUACUGUCGCCCACAUUGUAGGAUAUGUCAAAUUCUAUGCCAACCAUUUGGGAGCAAAGCAGCUGUGCAUGCUGCUUUAUUCAUCCAGAGUGGUCAUAUUGCAACUUUUGCAGUGGCAAGGAUCUUUUAGUUCUGGCUAGUAGCAUAGACAUUAUAUUUUGAACUGUGUGAACAAUGGAGCAAGGCAAGGAGUGUAAACUUUAGAAACUGAAACAUUCAGAGGGAAAAGGCCAAAAGCGAUUUUUGGAAUUAAAAAGAAAAAACGUUACUAAAGAAACUGACAGUUUUUGUAAAUAAAAUAAAAAUGACUGUCACAAUAAUUAUAAAUCUAGAACCAAAUACUUAUAUACUCAUAUCGAUAAAAAAUUUCUUCUUUGAAGUCAGAAAUGCUGUUUUGGUAUUUUUAUUCCAAAGUCUAGAAUUUAGAGGAUUUUAAUGUUUUUUUAUUAUGUUCUUGCAGGUAUUUGUGGAGUUUGAUGAAAAAAGCUAUAGAAAACACUCCUGGGUUCAGGUGCAUGGAGAAGAUGUCUUGGUGAUACUUCUUGAAGGACCAUUGGUUUGGUCACCUCGAAAAGAACCAAUUAUUAUCGAGGGUAGCCGUGUUUGCCCUACACAUUGGCCAGCGCUGGUAAGUAGCUAUAUGAUUACAUGGACAGUCUUUGAUAGUUGUUUGGUCUGCUACAUGUUCCAGUUUUAAUGUUUUUUUAUUUUUCUGUUAAUGGAUCUCUGUGUAUCAUAAGCACAACAGAUUGUUGUAGUGGCUACGAUACAUGAACUCAAAGAGUUGCAGUCUCUAUAGUUUUUACAGUAGAGCUGUAACUGUUCUCUUGUUUCUGUAUACCAACUCUAGCUUCAAAGGCUGUCUCUCGUUCACAGCAAAAGCAUGGCUUCAGAAUAGAUUAACCACAGUUUAGUUGCUUUUUUGGGCCAAAGGUCUCUAGAAUGUAGAAUACGACCAUAACAUAAAAGCAUGCUCUCAACUUGGAACACCAGUGCCAAAAAAUUCUGGCACCAUUCAUGUCAAUGUUGGAAAUAAACCACAUUGACUCAACAGCAAGGACUCCCUAUAUCCGUCCUCCAACCUUACCUGUUGGAUUACAACUAUUCUGAAACAUUUAAUUUUCAACAUUACUUUAAUAUUGCUCUUGUUUGGAAAGGCACCAUAGCACUCUGCCAAGAUGCUGGAGUUAGGCUUUUUUUGAAGUGUGAGGUUCAGUCUGUGGUCUGUGAUAAAGAGUAAGUUCAAUUUUGGGCUGCUUACAGGGAUUUUCUCUACUAAAGUUCAGUUUUCCAUUCAUUGUACAUCUGUGAUUCAACAAAUCAUAGAUAAACACUAUCUAGAUAAGAUUAUUAAAUAGACUUAAAACAGCUGCACUUGCUCUGAAAAAAAGUUGUAGUUUCAAAUGCUAAUUAAAACUAAAUGUAUUUUAGUAAUUUUGCUUAAAUCUGUUGCGUAUAAUGUUUUCAAACAAAACUAGGCAGUGUCAAUAUUACACUGUAAAACAUUGCUAGCCUUUUAUAUAUAUGAUACAAUUUACUGUAAAAAUACAGCAAUAUUGUGUUCUCUGUUUAAUGUGUAGAUGAAGCUUGCCACUGAAAAGAGAUUAGCCAGACUCUACUAACAAAUGUUUCUUAAUUUACAGACAUUCACUCCUUUGGUGGACAAGAUAGGUUUAGGAACCCUAGUUCCCAUUGAAUUUCUUUUAGAAGGAGUAAUGCACUUCCUACCAGAUGCCAGCAACCUGCGUCUUUAUCAGGUAUAACAGUUGUCUGAUGUGUUUCUAGUCUCACAGUUUGUAUUAGAAGCAGACUGACAUUCUGUAUUAUUUACAGCAAAUGGGAGUGGACAGUCAUAAGCUGGUUUUGAAGGAACAGCCAUUAUUGAAGGAUGAAGUAACUGCUGUGAUCAACUCAAGAAAAAUCCAAGAUAUUAUUUUACGAGGUAUACCUUCACAUCUGUAUAUAAUAUUAGCUGAGCGUGUUAAUGCUUUUCCUUUCAUGGCAAGGCAUGUGAUUCCAUCUAGAGUAUAUACUAAAGUCAACAGUUGGUAUGUAUUUUCAAGGUUGUGUUUUCUCUGAGAUGCUGAUUGGCCAGGGCUGUGUUUGACUUGUGCUGGUUCUGCCCCUGAUCUGCCUCCUUGACAGUCUCAGCCAAUCCUAUGGAGAAGCAUUGUGAUUGUCUCAGACCACCACUUCUGAUGAUGUCGGAAGGCAGGUCUCAAGCAGACAGGGGCAGAGGCAGCAGCUGCAGACUUCAAUAAAAGUAAGAUUUUACUAUAUUUAGGGAAGCAAGGCCAGGGGGGCUAGAUGGUGGUUUUAACACUAUAGGGUCAGGAAUACAUGUUCCUGACCCUAUAGUGUUCCUUUAAUAUAUACUACUGAAUUUUCUUUCAACCUCCUGAGGUGGGUUCAUUUUGUGUUUGUUCAGUAUCUUUUUGGCGAAUUCUGCCAAAUGUGAUGGCUGUCGUUUGGGUAACAUUGGAUAGCUUCCUUCUAAAAUCGGACUGUAUGCAAUGUUCACUCAAUUGAUACCUGGGUCUCCAUGUGAAAUUUAACCAUUUAAAGGUCUGUAUGUACCACUCACUUUGAAUGCUGCAUACAAUUCAUUAGCCCAAUAUGUCCCCAGCUGCAAUACCUCCUAACAGCAUUAAAACCCAGGCUUUCUAGGGUUUAAUGACCCAUUACUAAUGUUGUAAAUGUUUGACGUAUGGUAUGUUAUUUGUUAAUGUAUGUUGCUACUGUUUAAUGCAGAUGGGGUAAUCUAUAAUCUAUGUACCCCCUGCUAAUUUAUAUCUAAAAGCAUCACACUGCAGAAGUUUGCUCAUUGGCAGACUCCUCUUGCUUGAUUAAAUGAAUUGGCAACAUUCUGCCAUCAGUACUGCUGAAAAAUAAGUGCCCCAAUUCAUUAUGCAGAACAAUCAUAUGUUAACUUCAAAUAAGCAAAUGUUAUUUUUCUUUUUUUCUUUUUUCUUUUUAAAAAGUGGCACAAAGGGGCCUUAAUUGAGUUUCAGAAGUGACAGACAAUUUGCUUAAAAAAUCUUUAUAUAUUGGCUAAAGAGUGUCAACUGAUUUUUAAAUUAAUCCUGUAAACAUUAAAACAAACUAUUUGGGUGCUUUUUCUAUCCAAAUAAGAAAAUAGGGUAGUAUUUUUUUAAUAUAUUUUCUCAAAAUUAAGUGUCAUUUCUGAGUGUAUUGUGGUGUAAUUGAAGUGUAUUUGUCUUUAAGGUAUUUGCAGUAUACAGGGUCAGGAAGUCCGCGUUUUCGUUCCAGAUGCAGAGGAGUCGUGGUUUUCUGGAAUUGUGACCCAUCAAGAUCCUAUCAGUCGUAUAAUAAGUGUGGCCAUAAAUGAGGUAUAUAGCACACGUCUUUACAUUUAGUUAAUUCUUGUGGUUAAACAGGCAUAAAAAUAUGUAUUUUUAAAUUCUAAAUCACUUAAAGGGACACUAUAGGCAACUAGACCAUUUCAUCUCCUUAAUCUCGUCCCCUUAACCCUGCAAUGUAAAACAUGGUAGUUUUAGAGAAACUGCAAUGUUUACAUUGCAGAGUUAAGACUGGCUCUAGUGACUGUCUCCCAGACAAUAACUAGAGGUGCUUCCUGCUUUGCAUGAGGACAUCCAGCGUCUUCAGAAUCCCCUUAAGAUAGCAUUGAUUCAAUGCUUUCCUGUGUGGAAGGUCUAAGGCAUGUUUGACGCACGCUGUGCAUGCACAUUGCGUUCUUAGUUCGCUGUAAAUAAAGGAGCAGCCCAACUCAGGUAAGUGGGGGAAAAAAGGAUUUUUAACUCUUUCUUGAACAGGUGGGGGUGGUUGCAGAGGGACACUAUGGUGUUAAGAUACAGUUUUGUAUACUAUAGUGUUCGUUUAGCAAAUAACAGUAUCUUAAAGUUUGAUACUUUAAUUCCCACUAAAAAGCAGUUUACCUUAAAGGACCACUAUAGUGCCAGGAAAACAUACUCGUUUUCCUGGCACUAUAGUGCCCUGAGGGUGCCCCCACCCUCAGGGACCCCCUCCCGCCCGGCUCUGGAAGGGGGAAAGGGGUAAAAACUUACCUUUUUCCAGCUGGGCGGGAGCUCUCCUCCUCCUCUCCGCCUCCGUUACCGGCUGAAUGCGCCGCGGCAAGAGCUGCGCGCGCAUUCAGCGUCUCAUAGGAAAGCAUUUACAAUGCUUUCCUAUGGACGCUGGCGUGCUCUCACUGUGAUUUUCACAGUGAGAAACGCAAGCGCCUCUAGUGGCUGUCAAUGAGACAGCCACUAGGGGGAAGGCUUAACCCAUUCAUAAUUAUAGCAGUUUCUCUGAAACUGCUAUAAUUAUGAAAAAAUGGGUUAACCCUAGAAGGACCUGGCACCCAGACCACUUCAUUAAGCUGAAGUGGUCUGGGUGCCUAGAGUGGUCCUUUAAAGCCUUAUAAAUGUGUCAAUAGCCUUAGCAUUAGCCCUGCUUGGGGACACUUUAAUUUAUUUAUUUAUAAUCCAAUUUGUUUGCGACUUAUAUUCUUGACCAGGUGCCAUUAAAGUCAAAUGACAUGCUACAGACCUGGCCAUAACCAUGCUGUAAUCUAAGAUGAGAUGUUUUAAUGCUUGCAAUUUGCUAAUUGACCUGGAAAGUGGCAUAGGUGGUCUUUUAAAUAGGAAUUACUUUUUUACAAUAAUUGUAUAAUUAUUGAAGUUGAAUAGAUUUUGAGGUCUUGAUAAGCAUCCUAGCACUGUGUGGGUUUGUGUCACUCUCUUCCCGCUUAACAGAGUGCCUAUCUGUUCCGCUGUGCUCCCACAAAAGGUCUGAGUGUGCUGCCCAGCAAUACAUCAAGGGACUACACAAAGAGACCCACAUAACAAUAAGAUGAAAGCUUAAGUGGUCAUAAUGUACAAAAUAAAGUUGACCAAUUAAUAAUUCUCAAAUUCUGUUUAAGGGUUACAUGUUUAAUUCGAUUGUGUUUUAGGAAAGCGAGCCAAGGUCUGUGGAUCCAAGAUUGGUACAUGUGGUGCUGACUGAUGAUGCUGCUUUCCAGCCUGAGGUAAUGUCUGCCAUUAUUGGUUGGGUUGUUUUGGCUCUUUAUUAUGCAUUUUCUUUUCUUGCUGUGUGUAAAUUCAGUCUGGUUCUAAUUACUUACAUUUUUAUUUUAUAAACCUUUCCUUCACAUUUAUUCUGAGCUGCUGUUUGUUUGUUUGUUCUCUGUGUCAUAUGGCUAAGAACAUAUGCAUUUUACCAUAUUUACUUUAUAUUCAUAAUAUUACUUUGGCAAAAGUUUAACUCAGAAUGUGGAGCUCAGGUGCCUUGCACUUCUGCCUCUCCUCCCUCUCUUCCAUUCCAUUUUGCUGGGCAGUAUAAGGAAAUGAUAGUUGGGAGCCCACUUAUAGGUGGGUUUAUCCGAUCAGUGGGCACCUAUUGAGAAAAUGGUGCAUGCAUAGCAGCGGCUGCCCUUCCUCGUACUGCACAGCAGGUAAUUGGAUAACUUUGUCUCUUCCCUAGCUCGUCCAAUUUAACGUACUUUCCAUUUAAAAAUAUACCUUUUAUCAAAGCUUUAAUGUUAAUCCAUUAAAACAAUUUUAUACAUCAAAACUGUUAAACUUUGUGUGGACUACGUUUUUUUGUUGUUUUUUUUGUAGUAGAGCCACAGCAAGUUAUGAGAAUUAUGGUGCUUGGAGUGUUCCUGACAUUUUACAUUAUUGUUUAUCCACUUCUGCUACAAGCUUUAGUGCAGAGAGGUCUGUUUGGCAGUCAAGAUGUGUAAUGCAGGAAUCUGCUUAUGUUGUGAUAAUUUAUAAUCAUGCCAUAGUAAUAUCUUCAUGAUUUAAUAAUGUUAUCAAUUUUUUACAACAGCACUUUACAUUGUUUCAUUUUGUAUAAUUCCUUUUAAAAUAUGUACAAUGUUUCUGCAUUUUCCUUAUACAACUGUGCACAUUUAGUCAAAUUAUUUUCUACACCUGUGAUUUAGCUGGUUGCUAAAUCUUCAUAUGUAGCUGUGUUUUUUUUAGUUAAGGGUUGGGAUACUAUGAUUGGCUAAAGGCUGUAUCUGCAUCUUUUAGGAAACUUUGGUGAAGGGCAGUAAAACAUCAAAAAUUAAGAAAAAAAAAGAAAAUACAGAUGGAAAGGAUGGACGCAGGAGAAAAAUCACCACAGAUCCUGAGGGUGAUACAGCCUCUAAAAAGCAGAAAGGGGAAAAGAAGGAGGUGGAAAGUAAUGGAAAUGAUGGCAAUGAAGUGAGCCGGUCAGCCUGGAAAGGGAGUAGUAUUGUCGAUCCAGCAAAAGAUGCGCAAACCAAACAAAUGCUACACUACGUCCCUCAGAUUAAUCGCAAUAUCCGCUUUGCAACUUACACCAAAGAGAAUGGGCGUACAUUAGUUGUUCAAGACCAGCCUGUGAGUGACAGCUCAUCUCUAGCUUUUCCAUCUUUCUCUGCAAUAGCUAGCCAAACGCCAAUGAGCUCAGAAGCAGCUAGAUCAGGUAGCAAAAGUAUCUUGUCUUCAGAAAAUGCUGGGAAUCCUGCCGAAAGUAUAAUCUCAAGUGGAGUUACAGCAACAACAGUGAGAAUCUGUGAUACCAGUAUAUCCACUGCGAAAGGAGAAGACAAAAUGCCCACUUGGACCCUUGGAGAGGUGUGAAAUUCAUACAGUCAUUAACCUUAACUUAUAUGGGUUGCUAUGGUGAUGUUUUACAUGAAUGUCAGAGACACUAUAUACACUGUUAAGCAUUGAUUGUAUUCUGUUCCUCCAUUCUCUCCCUUCCUCUUUCUACCCCUUCCUUCCCUCCCUUCCUCUUUCUCUCCUUCCCUCUCCUCCUCUUUCUCUCCUUGCCUCCCCUCCUCUUUCUCUCCUUUCCUCCUUCUCUCCUUCCCUCCUUUCCUCCUUCUCUCCCUUCCGUCCCUUCCUCCUUCUACCCCUUCCUUCCCUCUCUUUCUCUCCUUUCCUCCUUCUCUCCUUUCCUCCCUCCUCCCCUCUUUUCCUUCCUUUCCUCCCCUCUUUUCCUUCCUUUCCUCCCUCCUCCCCUCUUUUCCUUCCUUUCCCUCCCUCCUCCCCUCUUUUCCUUCCUUUUCCUCCCUCCUUCCUUCCCUCCCUUCCUUCCCACCUCUUUCCUUAUUUCCUUCCUAUAACAUAUAUAUUACUUUGGAAUCUCAUCGAGCCUACUUGUUAUUUACAAUUUAUUUUAAUAUUUUCCAGAAUGUAAGAAAAUCUCUUCUGGCCAAGAGUGGAUUUGGCAUGUCUCUCCCCCAGUCAACAUUUGGAGGGGACCGUAGUCAAUCAAAUGGCACAAUUUCAGAGAACAAAGCUAUUGGGUUUCAGUUUGGUAAAAGUAGCAUUCAAGAGGCACCUAAGGACACUGAUGUUUCAAAAAACUUGUUUUUUCAGUGUAUGUCACAAAAUGUCCCCCCAAGUAAUUAUUUUACUGCUAUAUCGGAGAGUGUGGCAGAUGACUCCCCAAAUAGAGACAUGUUGAAGCAAAAUAAGGAGGGUCUUGCUUCUACCCUUUGCAAACCUAAAACGCUUAUUCCAUCUGAAAAUAAAGGAAAUGCAAAACUGUCCUUUUCUGAAUCUAUGCCAAAACUUACACCUGCUUUUCCUGGAAAAGUUUUAACUACUCGACCUCCUGAAAGUCAUGAAAAUCUCUUUUUGCAGCCUCCAAAACUAUCCAGAGAGGAACCAUCAAAUCCUUUUUUGGCCUUUUCAGAUAAAAAAGACAACUCACCAUUCAACUUUUCAACUUUGCCAAUACAAAGUUCCAUAACUAGUACUCUCCCGUUAUCUAGUUGGCAGGAGCAAAAUAAGGCUGAGGACUCCAGUUCUUUGGUUAAGAAAAAGCCGUUGUUUAUCACAAUGGAUUCACCCAAAAGAUUACCAAUCUCUUCAGGUACAUCUGUUAGUGAUGCUAUUCAAACUUCUGCCUUUUUGGGAAAUGGACGUGCUAGUUCACCAGCGAGUAACUUAAAUCAACCCAUUGAAAUGCCAACUUUAUCAUCGAGCCCAACUGAGGAUAAGCCAGCAAUUGGAUCUAAUCAAUUGGACAAUCCACUACUGAGAACCUUUACUGCAUUGUCGAGUAGACUCCAGCCUGGAGUACUCGGCACUUCUGAAUUUUCUCAUGACAGCAAGGCUGCUUUUGAAUCAGUUAACAGAUUUACUCUGGAUGAAAGAAGCAGAACAUCAAAGCAGGAUUCUGAUUCUAGCACCAACAGUGAUUUGAGUGACCUCAGUGAUACAGAGGAACAACUAAACUCAAAAGCUGGUUUCAGAGGAAUCCCAGAACAUCUUGUAGGAAGAUUAGGGCAUAAUGGAGAACGUGGUGUUGAGUUGUUCUUGGGAAAAGGGAGAGGAAAACAGGCUACUAAGGGGAGACCAAGAACGGCUCCACUAAAAGGUAAGGUGCUCAGACAUUGAAACCGUGUUAAAGGGUUCUUAUUGUAUGUAUUGGGGCUGAUGUGUUUGUCAUUGCUGCUGCCUGGGAGUAGUGGGCGUUUGAGCAUAGGUACUAAUUUUGUAUGUUUGUGUUUGCUUCUGUAUAACACAGCCAUGUAACAGUGCUGCCACCCACCCCAUGUGUGCCCUAUUAAAGGUUAAUAGGCGUGUAGAGAUUUAGAAAAAUACCCCUCUCUCUCUAAAGAUUUUUACCUGUUUGCUGAAGACGGCAAGGUGAAAUGUUAGUGUAGCACUCACCUGAGAGGUUUUGCCUUGACGUGGCAGGUGAGCUUACAUGGAAUAAAAAAAAUCUCCAGUUAUUUAAGUGUGCAUAGGAAUUUGUAAUAGUGUCCAAGUAACUUUUUUUUUUUUUUUGUAUGUCAAAUGGUUUGUUCUUGUGUAAAGCAUCAAAGAUUUUGUGUGGAUUAAAGUUUAACAGAUAUGUUUGCUAUAGGUGCGGAUCACAGUAUUUUAUUUUUAAUACUUGAAGGAACACUAGUCACCAAAACAACUUUAGCUUAAUGAAGCAAUUUUUGUAUAUAGAUCAUGCCUCUGAAGUCUCAAUGCUCAAUACCCUGCCAUUUACUAGUUAAAUUACUUUUGUUUCUGUUUAUGCAGCCCUAGCCACACCUACCUUGGUGUCAUUUUUUAAAAUCAGAUGUUACUAACUUUAAAAGUUUUUAUCUCCUGCUAUGUAAAUUGAAAUUUUAUUACAUGCAGGAGUCUACUGCAGGGUCUAGCAAGCUACGAACAGAGCAGGAGACAAGAAAUUUUAAAUUAAAUAUACCGGUAAUUUGCGAUAAAGGAAGUGUAAACAUUAGGUGACUCUAGGAAGGCUGUUUAAAGGGACACUAUAGUCACCUGAACAACUACAGCUUAAUGUAUUUGUUCAGGUAUCAUCUAUAGCUCCCUGCAGGCAAUCUAAUGUAAACACUGUAUUUUCAGAGAAAAACACUGUAUUUUCAGAGAAAAUACAGUGUUUACAUUGAUAGGAAUACCUCCAGUGGCCGUCACUCAGACGGCCACCAGAGGGACAUCCUAUCAUGCAGGGCACUAAAAAGGCCUUGUACACGUCAGACGUAUUAAAAUACGUCUGACGUGUGCAGGAGAGAGAAGGCACUCUGUGCGCGCCUUCUCUCUUCUGCCUGUCGGCAGAGGAGAGGGGGCGGGCAAAGACUGCGAGCUGAGCUGUCAGUCAGCUCGCGGGUGUGCGCAUGCGUGGUAGUGCGCUCAGGACUUAAGAGGGCGGCAUGAAUGCCGCCCUCUGAAGUAUGUGCGCAUGUGCGGCAAAGCCGCGCAUGCGCACAAGGGAGCAAUGACGCUUCCAAAUCGAAGCGUCUGAUUGCUCCCUGCUCGCGCCCGCCUAUUUCGUCAUUUUGACGAAAUAGGGGGCGCAGCUUCACGAGGCUCCUGGCGCUGGAACCAGGUGAGUUAAAACUGCUGCCUGGAAAGUCCCUUUAAGUCACGUGGCUCUAGGAAGUGUUAAGAAAGACUUUGCAAGUCACAUGCAGAAAGGUGUGACUAGGACUGCAUAAACAAAGUGAUUUAACUCAUAAGUGGCAGAGAAUUGAGAAGCGAGACUGCAGGGGUAUGAUCUACAAACCAAAACUGCUUCAUUAAUCUAAAGCUCUUUUGGUGACUAUUGUGUCCCUUUAGGAGCAGAUGCAAUACAUCAACACUAUAUAAGCCAUGUUUUUUUUACAUUUUUAUUUUACAUACUUUAAGGGAAGCUUUAGAAAGGCAAAUAUGGCCAAGGCAAGUAACUUUUAAUGCCUGGCGAGUAGCAUAGGAAUUCAAAUUUUAGGCCCGGUUUAUAAUAUGUAUAUAUAGUUUGGCAUCUUGCCAUGGAACAGUGCCGGGAGCAGUCUUUUAUCAUACCUGCAUCUAGUUAGCAGUUAAAACACUAUGGAGACUGUUAAAAUAUCCCAUACAUCAACCAUCACUGUUCCAGUUUAGGGAACAAUAUUUUGUAUUUAUGACAUAUACAUGCUUUAAUAACGAUUAAUAACAAUCUGGUCUAGAGUAUUAUGAGUUAAUUGCUAUACCUACCUUCUAGAUGUCACGGCUAUAUUUUUUUGUAACUAAAUUACCUAUUUAUACCAGAAUUCUUUGUGUAAAUUUUGCAGUUUACAAAAGCCAGAAAUAAGAUGGUCAAAAGUUUAUCACAGAGAAAAAAAUAUACAAAUAGUAAAACAGGAAGUGGACAGAUGAUGAUGGGAGAGUGGCUCAUAUAGCUACUUAGUGUCCAAUGGAAACUUGGAAUUUGAGUGCAUAAUACUGAAUUAAUGAUCAUGUAGGUGAGCUUUGAGUCUGUACAUUUUAAUAAGGGAUUUACGUGUAGCCAUUGUAGCCAUUGUGGUUUGGUUUCAGAAUUAUGCUCUUUGGACUGAAAAUGCAGUCUUUUAGUAUAUUUGUGCUGUCUUCUGUUUGACGGUCUUAGAAAGUAAAAAUAUACCCCUAAAUGUACAAUUGUAAAGUGUGGAUUUAGGAGAAGAACCCUAAUGCAUAAAAAAAACAUACAACAUUUUCAAAGAAAUAAAACAUGAGGUAAAAUGCAAGAAAGGGACAGGAAGGAGAAGCAUCUGAUGCAUUGCACCAUUGAUCUUAGAAGAUCUAAAUAUGUCCUACUUCCCACUUGGUGUAGAGGAGUGAAAAUUGCUGCAAGCAGAGCACACUCCGCACUCCCACUGUUACACCAUCAGAGAAGGAGAAAAUAUUAAUAUGUAAGGAAUAUAUAUAAUUCUAUGUCCUUCACUACUAGCCCAAAAAGUUACUCGCCAUCUCCUGUUUACCCGGGAUAUCUGGAAAUUGGAGAGAGAAAAGUUAGCACUGUUGAGUAAAAAAAUCACUACUGGUGAGUAUUCUAUGACUUGUAGUGGCGAAUUACUUUAAAAGGCCUGGCUAGUAGCAUAUAAAUUAUUUUUUAUAUAUAUAUAUUUAUUUUGGAUAUGGAUACCUCCUCAAUGAUAAUGGUUUAUCAUUGAGACAAAGAUAAUUUAGGUACUGACGUCAGAUGAGAGGACAUACAGUGUUUCUCUCAGUCAAUAACAGACAGUAAAGUCUUGAUGUACCAUGUGAAAACUUAUGAAUGUUAUUUCUUUUGAUAGUUACUUUAACUAUAAAUUAUAUUUUUUUUUUGAGAAAAACAAUGCAUAUUGUGAAGUGUAUGUAUAUCUUAAUAGUCUGACAAGCGCAAACAUCCCAGGCAUCAGGUUGGCAUGGCGACUAGAAAUUUCACCCUGGUGCAUGGGAUUUGUGAGCUCUUUAGCUUAGGCGGCCUCUGCAGGGAAAGUUGAAGCCGGCCGCCACUGGGAGCAUGGAAGCGGCUGGCUGAUGCUGUAUGGAAGUGGUGAGCAAGGGAGCAGUAAUCUAUCUGUAGGUAAUCUCUGCUUCUCUGAAAAGGCUGUGUUUACAUUGAAAAGCCUGCAGGUACAGGCUACAGACACCAGAGCAACUACAUUAAGCUGUAGUGGUUCUGGUGACUAUAGUGUCCCUUUAAGAAUUUUAUUUUUGACAUUGAAAAACCUGGCUCUUAACUUUUUUUUACUGGCUCCUAGAUUCCAAGCAAAUUUGUCAAGCCCUGUAUUGACAUGUAUGCCAGCCCAUCAUUAGGUCAGUUUUUCUCGCUUCUGCAGAGAGGGAUCUUUUGUUUUUAGAUCCAAUUAUAACCGGAACUUGGGUUAACCCCUUAAGGACGCGGGACGUUCUAUACCGUCCUUAAGGAAGUGGCUCUAAACGCCGCAGGGCGGCAUAGAAUGUCCACACCAUGUGCUUACCCGGUCGCUUGCGAUCGAGGUAUGGGCUCUUACCUUGGAGCCCAGGGAGUCUCCCUCCUUCCUCUUCAGCCCCUCUGGGCCAUGUGAUCGCAAGGUCCUUGCGAGGACCUCGCGAUCACAUGGACGGCAUAGCCGUCCACUGCAUUGCCAGCAGGGGGAGUGCUGCCUGUAAAAAAUAAAUAAAAAAUUAAGUGUUUAAAACAGUGUAAAAUUAAAUAAUAUAUACUUAGAUCAUAUAUAUACUUAUUAAGUGUAUUUUAAUAUGAAUAUAUAUAUAUUCAUAUCAAAGUACACAUACAAUUAUCAUAUAUAUUUAUAUAUAAAAUAAAUAUAUAUGUAAAUACGUUACAAAUAAAGUAAAAAAAUUAAUAAAAAAUAUAUAUACAUGUGUAAUUUUGUUCUAACUGUAUUUUAAAAUUAAUAUAUAUAUUGCUAUCAAAAUACACGUGGAAUGAAAUAUAUAUAUAUCUCUAUAUACAUAAGUAUAUACGUGUGUGUGUAUAUAUAUAUAUAUAUAUAUAUAUAUAAUUUUUAAAAAAUAUAUAUAUAAUAAUUCUACGUAUAUAUUUAUGUAAUAAUUUUACAUAAUUAGGUCAUUUUAUUAAUUACAAUUUGCAGGACCUGCCUGACAAUCCAGGCCGAAAGUUCAGGUAAUUUAAUUUGCUAGCACUAUAUUUAACCCUGUCUUUCCAAGACACCAUAAAACCUGUACAUGGGGUGUACUGUUUUACUCGGAAGACUUUGCUGAACACAAAUAUUAGUGUUUCAAAAUAGUAAAAUGUAUUAACGAUGAUAUCGUCAGUGAAAGUGAAAUUUUUAGAUUUUUUUUUUUCUCCACACACAAAUGGCACUUACACUGACGAUAUUUUUGUGAUACGUUUUACUGUUUUGAAACACUAAUAUAUGUAUUCAGCAAAGUCUCCCGGGUAUAACAGUACCCCUCAUGUACAGGUUUUAUGGUGUUUUCAAAAGUUAGAGUCAAAUAUAAGGCUUGCGUUAUUUUUUUUUACAUUGAAAUUCGCCAUUUUGGUUAUGUUGCCUUUGAGACCGUACGGUAGCCCAGGAAUGAAAAUUACCCCCAUGAUGACAUACCAUUUGCAAUAGUAGACAACCCAAGGUAUUGCAAAUGGGGUAUGUUCAGUCUUUUUUAGUAGCCACUUCGUCACAAACACUGGCCAAAAUUGGCGUUAAAAUUAGUAUUUUGCAUUUUGAAAUAUUAACACUAACUUUGGCUCGUGUUUGUGACCAAGUGGCUACUAAAAAAGACUGGACAUACCCCAUUUGCAAUACCUUGGGUUGUGUACUUUUGUAAAUGGUAUGCUAUCAUGGGGGUAAUGCUUAUUCCUGGGAUACCAUACGGUCUCAAAGGCAACGUAACCAAUCUAGUGAAUUUCAAUGUGAAAAAACUGAAAAAUGUAACACACUAUAUUUUACCCUGUAACUUCUCAAAACACCAUAAAACCUGUACAUAGGGGUUACUGUUUUACAUGUGAGACAUGGCUGAAUACAAAUAUGUGUAUUUUAUUGCAGUAAAAGCAAACAGUAUUAUGACAUUCAGUUAGAAUGUCACGUAGAACUAAACAUUUUUAAAAAAUUCUUAUUUUCCCCCAUUUUUUUUAUAUUUUAUUCAUAUUAAAUUAUGUUUCAUACCUAAAUAUUUGAUGUUAAAUGAAAGCCCUGUUUCCCCUGAAUAAAAUGAUGAUAUAUAAAAAGUGUGGGUGAUCAUAAUAUGAAAGAGGCAAAUUACACCUGAACAGACAUAUAGCGCAAAUUCCAGUUUUUGUUUACAUUUUGUUUUGAUCACAACUUGUACAUUUGGCUCACCUUAAGGGAUUAAAGGAACACUCUAGGGUCAAGAACACAAACACGUAUUCCUGACCCUUAUAGUGUCAAAACCACUAUCUGUCCUACCUUGUCUCCCAAAGUAUAAUACUAUCUUACUUGUAUUCAAGUCUGCAACGGCUUCCUCUGCCCCUGAUUUGCCUACUUGGCUGACAUCAUCAGACGUGAUGAGUUAAUCACAAUGCUUUCCCAUAGGAUUGGCUGAGACUGUGAGGUAGAUCAGGGGCAGAGCCAGCACAAGCCAAACAGUCCUGACCAAUCAGCAUUUCCUCAUUGAGAUGAAUUGAAUAAAUGCAUUUCUAUGAGGAAAGUUCAGUUUCACCAUGCAGAGAUUGGAGACACUGAAUGGCAGCCAUCUGAGGAGUGGCCAGUGAAGUUAUUACUAGGCUGUACUGUAAACACUUUUUUUUGUCACUGUGUGAUUCUACUCACCAGAACAAAUACAAUAAGCUGUAGUUGUUCUGGUGACUAUAGUGUCUCUUUAAGAAGCCUCUUUUGCAUCUUGAAAUCAGGAUAUUGUAAGUUCAGAGACAUUCUUUCCCUUUACCAGUAUUUUUCCCUGUCUCACCUUAUUCAAUAGCAUCUUUCCAAUAUCUGCAGUUACUCUGUAUGGAAGUUUAUAUAACUGUGUAUAUUAUUAUAUAUAAUAAUUUUAGCAUUUAUAUCCUCUAUUACAUCUUGCUUUUUUUUUUACUCCCAUCCAGUUGGACAGUCUGUAUUAAAGGACAUGAGUAAAGUAAGAAAAUUAAAGCAGUCUGGAGAGCCUUUUCUACAAGAUGGUUCUUGCAUCAAUGUUGCACCACAUUUGCAUAAGUGUCGGGAGUGCAGACUAGAACGAUACCGCAAAUUUAAAGAACAGGAUCAGGACGAUUCCACUGUGGCUUGCAGAUUCUUUCAUUUCCGAAGGUAUUGCAUUGGAGUCUGUCAAAGCAAUUUUGUAAUAUUUUUGUUCUCUAAAUUACAGCUUGUACCUUUUUUUUGUUGACUCUACAUGUGGGAUUUUAAAGGGACUUUGUAGGCACCAAAGCAACUUUAGCUUAAAGAAGCAGGUUUUUUUUUGUAUCUUUGUUAUGCAAAGAAUAACAACAAGCUCGUUGAGCCACGACAGCAAUCACAAGCAUAGUAAAUACUGACUGUUAAAUCAUUGAUGUGACAUUCAGAUAUACUGCACAUUUUUAUAGAAUAUAAGUAGGAGAGAUAGUCAGAGGUGGGAUAAAAAGACGUAUGAGAAGCAAGCUGGAUCGACUGACUGUGCGGAUAUUAAAAAUAAAAAUAGACUAUUAGCAUGCUAAACAACUUAUGUGUACCGCUGGGUACUGAUAUAGGAUGAUUUUUACAGGUAAAGGAGUAAUAUAACUCUAUAGUGUCGAGUAGCACGGUUGUGGAACGUCCUCAGCGAACAUUCAGCCCACUCCACUAAGCGCCAUGGAGGAGAGUCCUUCUCUGUGGUAAAAAUACUGCCAUAUUCUUCCACCUCGGGACCCAACAAGGGACAUUGACGUUCCUGGCAGAUAGCCUGUUGUGGGAUAAAUUGCCAUAUUUGUGCAGGUCUUUGAGCCCAGGCUGUGAGAGCCAUUGCCCUGUGUCCAUGGGUCCCCCUGUUGCGUGCGGUAGGACCAUGGGCCCUCAGGUAUUCUGGGACUCGGUAUCUCCUUUGGGUGUAUGGACGGUGGGUGGUACCAAUUGGGCCCUUGGCCCGAAAGAACAGACCGCAGUCCCAUAGGCUGCGUGGGUCCCAGGUUUAGCAGAUAAGGAAGCUUUGUGGGGUCGGCUAGAUCGUAGCGGAGUCUCCGGCUUUGUGGGUACUUUGUGCUGACUCAGUUUUGAUGCGCCCUGGCUUUUCUGCUGUGUGCAUUGCUGCAUACGUUGGGCCAGUUUGUGCCAAAAGGAUGCGAAUAUCGCGUCUAGCCUUGUGUUAGUCAUCCCAUUUGUGGUGCAAGGCGCAAGACACUCUGGGUCCCCCCCAUGCCGAGAGGGUUGUGGAGCCAUCACUAGCUUACCACGCUGCUGCUGGGCUUUAUGCUUAGCGGAGUAUGUGGCUUUCCCCAACGGGGACAGGGAUAUCCCCCACCGGUCCAGAGGGGGGGUGCUGAGGGGCUGUAUAAGGCACUAUAGUCACAACGAGACCCGGGUCGGAGGGAUUGGCCACGUCCUCCAGACACCAGGCCGCGAGGAAUGCUAGGUUGGAUUGAGGGACCUCUCAGAGUAACAGCAAAAUUCAGGUAUCCCCGUGGACACGCUUGGUUCAGGUUAGUUCUCUGAUCUCUCUGAGCCAAAAGUGAGGCAGUAUUUAGUCGUUCAGGGAUUUUUGUCCCCAAGUGCUGGAGCUGUUAGAGAGCACAUCCGGUCAUCUUGGCGGUCAAGCCGCACCCUCUCAAUGAAGCAGUUUUGAUGUAUAGAUCUCUGCUGUCUCACUACUCCAUUAUCUUCUGAUUAGGAGUUAAAGGAACACAAUAGUGUCAGGAACACAAACCUGUAUUCCUGACACUAUAAUGGUGGUAUCACUAUUUAGGUUCCUGGAUGUCCUCGCCUCCCUAUGAAAAGGUGGUGUUCCUCUACCUUACUUCCUCUCUGCACCAGUCUUGUCGCAGCUGGCUCCACCUCUGUUGCUGAGAUCAGUGCAUGCGCAGCAAAAUGUCACACUGCAUCGGUCAGCAUCCCUCCUCAGUGCAUCUAUAUGGGGAACGUUCAGCGUCUCCAUGCAGAGCGUAGAGACUCUGAAUGCCAGCAUCUCUAGUGGCUGUCUUGAGUGACUGCCCCUGCAGAUAUUACGAGCAGCAAUGUUAACACUGCUUUUUUUUUUCUCUGAAAAAGCAGUGUUUACAAUAAAAAAGGAAUAGACUAUAGACACCAGAACAACUGCAAUAAGCUGUAGUAAUUCUGUAACUAGUGUCCCUUUAAAUCACUUUGCUUAUAUUAGCCUAAUCACACCUCCCUGCAUGUGACUUGCACUGCCUUCCUAAACACUUCCUUUAAAGAGUCAUCUAAUAUCUACACUUCCUUUAUUGCACAUUAUUUAUAAUUUAACAUUUCUCAUAUCCUGCUUUAAGUCCUCUUGGCCCUGCAGGAGCCUCCUGUGUGUAAUUGAAGUUCAAUUUACAGAGCAGAAGAUAAAACUUCUAAAGCAAGUUAGCAUCUGGAAAUUAAACCUUUUUUUUCAAUGUAGGCUUUGUGGAGGUGUGACUAGGGCUGCAUAAACAGAAACAACAGUGAUGUAACUGCUAAAUGGCAGAGAAUUGGGAUUUUGAUCACACUAACUUUUCCCCCUGUCAUUUUACUAUUCGUAAAAUUUGCAUUUUGUAUACAUUUUAGAUCUGUGAUUACGUUAAGCAUACAAUUGUUCUAGAAGUACUAGGAAAUUAUUCUUGAAGGGUACCUGUCAUGAUAAUUACAACUUAAUCUUAAAUGAUAGAGAAUCACAUUUUUAUAUACAUACACAUUGUUAUAGUAGAAUUGCUAGAAAAUGUUUAGACUUCUCUAAAAAGAGAGAUUAAAAACAGCUCCACACCUUCCUGUCAAGUGGGUUCACUCCAUGCUGAACCUAUGCUUAUCAGCACAGAGAUAAUAAGGCUGUGCUCUGCAUGUUUAUCAGGGAAACUGAAGCCACUAGGGGGUGAUAGGUAGGAGGGGCAGGCUCUGUGUGAGAGCAGCAGCAGGAAGGAGAGAAACAGCCAGAGUUACUUAUUGCAGUAGCUUUGCUGAGAAUGGAUGGAAUGAGAGAACAGAUAUGUUUUAUUUACCUACUACAAAUCCACCAUAAUGUGUUGGAGACUUUUAACCUGUGAUGGGAAGCAAGUUUGUGCUUCUCAAGCAGAGGUACCCAGAAGAAGUGUUUCUUACAGUAGGUGUAACUCCCACUGAAAAUGUAAUUGAUGGACUCAGAAGGAGAAAGGUAAUGGGGAUAAAUUAAAAUACACUUAAUUGUAUAACAUGAUCCAAGCCAGAUGGUUAGAAAACGGAAAACUUACAUGUCAUUACUGGUUCACUUAAUUUGUCUGUUUUAACUGUAAAAGCAAAACAUACCCUGUAUACCCUAUUGACUGCCCAACCUAAUCCCAAAUUCAAUUAAGAAUUAUGAGACCCAACAUUCACAAGCCCUCAUUGUGUUAAUUGGUGCUUAUAAUUUGUAGUAUUCUUAGCGUUCUUAACUUCUGCUUGAAAAAGCCUUUACCCAUAGUUUAACUAAAAUAAAAUCCAAUAUAUUUAAUAUCUCAAUAGCAGAUUCUUUUUUAUGGAUGUUUUUAUUAAAAUGCAACUUUAGUAAUAAGAAUUGUGCUUUAUUUUAGGCUGGUUUUCACAAGGAAAGGCAUUCUCAGAGUGGAAGGUUUCCUAAGUCCUCAGCAGAGUGAUUCAGAAGCAAUGCGACUCUGGGUACCAUUCUCAGUUCCAGCUGAAGGCAUUGAUUUAGAGACAUCAAAAUAUAUUCUUGCGAAUGUUGGAGAUCAGUUCUGUCAAUUGGUUAUGUCAGAGAAAGAAGCUAUGAUGAUGGUAGAGCCUCAACGUAAGUGAAUUUUUAAUAAUAUUGAAUUAAUUGCCCUAUUUUAUGGCUUCAAAUACAUAUGUAUGGAUAGUGUACUAUUUGUAUUUAUUUUGUCUUAAACUGAGAUGUUUACUUGGAUAAUAAAUUUUUUCCUUGCAUAUCCAUAGCACCAAAUGUACUUUUGAGUAUAUGUCUAAGAAAUUGCUGUUCCCAGGAUGUUUAUGAGCGUUUAUGAACAAGUUGAUUAAUAUUUGAUAGACUGUUUUAUAAAUUUUUCUAAUUGAACUUUUACAGAAAAGGUGGCAUGGAAGCGAGCAGUAAGAGGUGUUAGGGAAAUGUGUGAUGUGUGCGAAACCACCCUCUUCAACAUUCACUGGGUAUGUCGCAAGUGUGGAUUUGGCGUCUGUCUUGAUUGUUAUCGACUUCGAAAGAGCCGCCCUCGUAGAGGUAAAGAUGAUUAUUCUUUUUGAAUUAAAAAAAAAAAAAAAAAAAAAAAAAAAAAAAAAAAAAAAUAUAUAUAUAUAUAUAUAUAUAUAUAUAUAUAUAUAUAUAUAUAUAUAUAUAUAUAUAUAUAUAUAUAUAAUAUUGAUUAAAGGUUAAAUUGAUUAAUGGCUAAAUUCAGCUAGGACAAGGUAGCUGCAGUGUAUAACACCAAGCAGACUCCUUGCAGCUUUUGUGUGUUCUCAUGGCCUUUGAACCUCUAGCUAAUUUAUAGGGACACUCCAGACUAAUUUUGCCGCCACCAAUUUUAAUGUAUCGUAUAGACAGUGUGUUUUUAAAAAAAAUAAAAAUAAAUAGGCAACUAUGUACAAUUGUGUCUUUUUGUUCAGCAAAUAAUCAUAGGGUGUGAUUUGGCAUUCCUGGAUAUACCACUCAACUUGUCCAUACCUUUCAGAGGGAGUUCUGUAGUGUUGCUGUUCUUGCAGAAAUUGGCACUAUUAAAUUAUGAGUGGCAAUUGUACUGGGAAUCUUUACUCAUACUUUGAAUUAAAAUGAGUCAUAGUGGUGUUGAAAGCUUAUUUAUAGAGCAAAUAGACAUGUAAAAUGCCGGCUAAGAUGUAGUCUGCUGAUGGUGAUGUUAAAAAAUUAAAUACCAACAGUUAAAUAUAUACAUGUCUGACUUUUUCAGAAGAUGAUGUUGGCGAUGAAGAAGUUUUUGCCUGGUUAAAGUGUGCGAAAGGUCAGCCUCACGAACCUGAGAAUCUAAUGCCAACACAGAUUAUUCCGGGCACUGGUAAAUACCUUCAUUUUAACAAGUUCAGAUUCUGUGUUUCAAUUAUAAUCAUAUGUUAUGCCUUAAUUGUUCUGGAAACUUUACUUGCAGCUCUUUACAACAUUGGGGACAUGGUUCAUGCAGCAAGAGGAAAAUGGGGUAUCAAGGCCAACUGUCCAUGUAUUAGCAGGCAUAAUAAAACCGUUUUAAGGCCUGCGGUCACCAAUGGAAUAUCCCAGGUAUGUAUUUACAUGAAAUUAAGUGGCUGGUCAUUUUAUUAAUUUGACUACUACUAUUGCAGUGUCAAUGAAAACCAUUUUUUUGGAUGCAACAAAAUAAACCAUGUGUGCAUAAACUGUUCAGUAAGGUAUACAGUUUGGUAGUGUGUUUUUUUGUUUUUUGUUUUCUUCUGACUGUUUAAAUUUUCCUAUGAUCGAAGUGUUUUACAAAUACAAAGCAUAUUAUUUAACAGUGAUGCAGCUUUUAGUUAGAAACCUUGAUGUGCACCUGUAACAAACAAGAAUUAUUUUAUUGCAACAUAUACAUUUUUAUGCUCUUUCAAGUUAAUCAGUGAAAGAAUUUAACCGUUUUAAGGUUUUUCAUAGUUAAUGGAACACUAUGCAGUCAGGAAUACAAACGUGUAUUCCUGAUCUAGAGACUGAAAAACCCUAUUUAGAUGUCCUUCCUCCUCUUGCCCCCACCUAAAUAGGAUAAAAACACUGAUUAUCUCAGCCAAGGAGAUGUGGGCGGGGCCAAACUCCACCAUAACAAAUCAUCAUAUCCUCAUAGAGUUUAACUGACUCAAUGCAUCUUUAUGGGGAAAGUUCAGUGUCUCCAUGCAGUACGUGGAUACUGUGAAUGUCAGUGCUGCACGUUGUGACCCAGGAAGCACCUCUAGUGAACGUCUGAGUUACUGCCACUUGAGGUGUCCCAUCAACAACCCCGAUCUGAAUGCCAGCAUCUCUAGUUGCCGUCUGAGUGACUGCCCCUGGAGAUGUUACCAACAGCAAUGUAAACACUGCUUUUUCUCUGAAAAGCAGUGUUUACAUCAAAAAGCCUGCAAGGACAUACUAUACUCACCAGAACAACUACAUUAAGCUGCUCUUGUUCUGGUGACUAUAGUGUUCCUUUAUUGUCAGUUCUAUCUAACUUACAAUUAGUUAAACUAGAGACACAGAUGUUCUCCACUUCUGGUAAGUAUUAAAAAUUGAAACUAUACAUUUGUAUUACAUAAUUUGGCAACAUAUAUGUAGAUUAAAUGUUUUACAUACUUUAUUUUUUAUAUCUACUCUCACACACACACACACACACACGUAUAGAUUGUGUUAUGUUUUGAAACACUGUAGGCACUAUAACCAUUUCAUCUCAUUGAGUUCAAUAUAAUUCCUGUUGUUCUCUGGCACAUUCCCCUUUCAUUGUUAAAGAGACACUAUAGGCACCCAGAACACUUCAGCUCAUUUAAGUGGUCUGAGUGCACUGUCCCAGUCCCCUUAUCCUUGCAAUAGUAAUUUAUUACAGUUAUUGAGAAACUGCAAUAAUUUUUAUACAGAGUUAACUCUAGUGGAUGUCUAUGGGACUGUCCUAAUGCUCUCACCAUACUCGUGCAUUAGGUCCCUGACAUCUGGGACGGAGGAGCCAAAUCGGUGAGAAUGAGUUGUGUGCUGCGGGGGUGUCACGCUAGCAAGGGCACACUUUAGGGAGCUAUAAUGCUAGAAAUACAAGUUUGUAUUCCUAGCCUAUAGGUUCCCUUUAAGAUCCCAAACCAUCCGCAGACUGGACCCUACUAGAGGUACACAUUUCAUUUUAGUUAAAGCAAAUCACAAAAGCAAUGCGUGCCUUGCUAGGCUGAAAAUGGUCAGCUAACACUCACAGCCACCCUUUUAUUUUUUGGAUAAUGCUUCCACAUUAGCCCAAGCAGCACAAAAGGGAUUGGCUGCUGGGGCCUUUUGUUCAGCAAUAAAAAAAAAUAUAUAUAUUUUUUUUUUUUAAUGCUAAUUGUAAGGACAGUGCCAGGGACACUGUAAGCACUUCAAUUAGGUGAAACUGUUACAGUGCCUACAAUGUCCCAUUUAAGGCUGGACACCUUUUUAAUUCUUGCACCUCGGUAGCAUGUGUACGUAUACAUACCAAUAAUAUGUGCUGUUCGAGUUGAGGAAAGAAAUGUUUGAAUGAUUUUUGGGUGCUUGUUAUUUUACUCCCAAUGUCCAUCAUCAGUUUCCCUUAAUUGGCUUGUUGAUCAUGCUCGCUAGUCAGAAUAUAGUUAACGAGUACUAAUUAUGAGCACCUAAGAGCACCUCACCAAUAUUACUGUCCUAAGAGUUUUCAAAGUAGUAGGUGUAGAUUUAAUUGGCUGCAUCCCCUCUAUGUUUAAAAAAACAAAAUAGCUUAAUUUGUAUUGUUUGUUUAGCUGCCAAGUGUAAAUACUGCUGCUUCAUCUGUUGAGCAGAACACUUCAUCCGCUACUGGAGAAGGUAACGACAUGGAUAUUAAACCUGAGGAAAUUCUGAAAACCGAAGGUAUGGAUAAUGUAUCCAAUGAGGCUUCAAGGAGUGACCUUAAUUGUGUCACUGCUGGCACGGAGAAUAAAAGCAAACAGCAGGGUCCAGAAUCCACUCCUUCCUCUGCCCUGCACUGGCUGGCAGACCUGGCUGCUCAGAAAGCAAAGGAAGAGACCAAAGGUAUUACGCAGUUAUCUAUUGACACACUUUGCCUGUUUUCUUUAUUGGAUAUUGUACCUGAUGCACCCAAAAUUGUCUUGAAUGGGAUGGAUUUUAUUUUGAAGUUGUCUUUUAUGAGAAAUUGCCUUUUAUGAGAAAUUGCUUAUGCCCCAUGACUUUUUUUUUAUUUAUUUUUAAAGGACCACUCUAGGCACCCAGACAACUUCAGCUUAAUGAAGUGGUUUGGGUGCCUGGUCCAGCUAGGAUUAACCCAUUCUUUUACAAACAUAGCAGUUUCAGAGAAACUGCUAUGUUUAUGAAUGGGUUAAGCCUUCCCCCAAUUCCUCUAGCGGCUGUCUCAUUGACAGCCGCUAGAGGCGCUUGCGUGCUUCUCACUGUGAUUUUCACAGUGAGAGCACGCCAGCGUCCAUAGGAAAGCAUUAUGAAUGCUUUCCUCUGAGACCGGCUAAAUGCACGCGCAGCAGUUGCCGCAUGUGCGCAUUCAGCCGAAUGGGAUGAGGAGGAGGAUCGGAGGAGAAGAGCUCCCCGCCCAGCGCUGGAAAAAGGUAAGUUUUAACCCCUUUCCUCUCCCCAGAGCCGGGUGGGAGGGGGUCCCUGAGGGUGGGGGCACCUUCAGGGCACUAUAGUGCCAGGAAAACGAGUAUGUUUUCCUGGCACUAUAGUGGUCCUUUAAAUUUACAUUUGCUUUUGAAAUAAGAAUUCUAUAUAAGUUUAACCACAGCUUCCAGAAAUCUGAUCUAGCUACUGACACCAAAUACUUUAACAUAACAUUUAAAGAUUGUAAAUAUUUUAGCAUUUGCAAGUUCCUGGUUUUGAAUAGCGUAUUUGUAGUUGUAUUGCAUAAUUGUGAUUGGCUGAACCCAUCAAGCAUACAUUUCAUAAUCAAAUAAUGGCGCAUUGACUGGAUUAAUCAGACUAAAGAUGUGCUGUUUACAGUAAAAUUAAUAGUGAAUGCCUGCUUGUACGCUAUUUAAAUGGCUCCUUUAUAUUUUUCCCCUUAUUUAUUUGAGUAAUAAUACCAUAAUAUUUGGGGGAAUGACAUUUAUAUUAUUGGUAUUGAAUAUGGUGUAUUUUAUUCCAUAGUGAAAAAACUAAAAAGUGAAUACUUGGUUUGAAUAAAAUCAGUAAAAUUUGAAAUUGCAAUACUUUUUUUUUUUUUUUUUUAUCUGUUCCAGACGUCAGUCCUUUGAAAACAGUACUCAACAAAGAGCCAAGUUCGUCUUUUGGCAUGGAUGCUUUUAAUGCAAGUGCAAAAACGACAUCAUCACCCAAGCUUUUUAAUAGCCUUUUACUGGGCCCAGCUGCUGGAAACACUAAAGCAGAGGGUUCCAGUCUAAGAGAUCUUCUUCACUCUGGCCCAGGAAAACUUGCCCAUGGAAACACAGAAGCAGGCAUUCCAUUUCCACCCGUCUUUAACACAUCUACUGUGAGUAGUACAAGAAGUGAUAUGCAUUACUGAUGUCUGACAACUAAUGUAUUCCUUGUAAAAAAAUCUCUAGCUGUUGGUUCCCAUAGGUACACCUGAAACUGGUCUCAAUUCUUAUAGACAUAUUUAGGGUUAUUCACCAAAGUUUGAAUUGUCACAAAUUCAAAUUGAGUUUUAGAGGCCUAACUGGAAACAUUCUCCAGAUCAGCUUUUUAAGUUUAGUAGAUAUACUCCAAACAUGCAUACAUGUUUUUAUUACAGUGUGUGUUUUCUUUGAGUGUAUGUUUGGGGAGGGGGGCAUUGUUUGCAGCCUUUGCAAGCACCUCCUCUUUUUCCCCAAAGCACAGACUUUCAUUCUUGUUUCAUUCAGAAGCUGAAGUGCUUUAUGUGUGUGAAGUAUUCAUUUAAAUGUGAAACUCAUUUUGAAUGUGGCUUUUAAUUGCAAAAAUCAGUCUCCAUGGGCAUACAAAUAGCCUUCUAUUUCAUGUGACUUUGUCAUUAAAUUAGAGACUAAUGUUAUUUAAAACAAACAAACCUGUGCCAGUUUAAAUGUUACAUCCAAGUUUAUUUGUUUUACCAUGUGCUCAUUCCUAUAUUGUCGGAGUUAUUUUACACAUUGAUUUAAUGUUUGUCUAUUUUUGAAAAAUAUUAAAAUUUUAGGCAAAGGGGAAAUCCAGCUUACCAAAUUUCCUGGACCACAUUAUUGCUUCUGUGGUAGAAAAUAAAAAGACCUCAGAUGCUGCUAAAAGAGCAAGCACAUCUUCUGAAGCCCUUAAAGAGGGAAAAGAGAUGGUGAUGGGUUUAAACGUUCUCGACCCACACACCUCACAUUCCUGGCUCUGCGAUGGAAGGCUUCUAUGUCUUCAUGAUCCCAGCAACAAAAAUAACUGGAAGAUAUUUAGAGAAUGUUGGAAGCAAGGUCAGGUAAGUCAUAGGACUCAAGUCACUUGAGAAAUGUUGUCUAUUAAUACAUUGUUUUUCUGAAGGGAAGAUUAUUUGUUUAUUUUGCUUGCUUAUUAUUCAUUUUGUUUUUCUUAGCCUGUGCUGGUUUCUGGAGUCCAAAAAAAGCUAAAGUCUGAGCUCUGGAAACCUGAAGCUUUUAGUUUAGAAUUUGGAGACCAAGAUGUGGAUUUAGUAAAUUGCCGGAACUGUGCAAUUAUUUCCGAUGUGAAAGUUCGUGAUUUCUGGGAUGGAUUUGAAGUCAUUGAAAGUAAGCACAUUUCUUUUUCUAAUUUUUCUUGGUUUACAUUGUUGAUAAUAGAGAUGAAACAAUUCAAGGCAUUUGUUGGAAUACAUUUAUUUAAGAUAUAGGGUUUAAAAGGGGACAGUACAGGCACCAACUCAACCAGAGCAUUUUAAAGAUUUGGCCUUGCUAUUAUGCUAUAUUUUUUGCAAGUCUUUGAGGGUACAAAACAAAGUGAAAAAGACGUUAUCUAGAAGCUUAACAUGUUAUUGUAAAUUUUAUUACCCAUGGGAUUUCCUCCCACCGUGUGUUUUGUCCAGUAAACCUUCCUUGAGGAUUAAUGUUUCACCCAUGUGCACACUUAUAAUUUCUCUAUUAUGCGUGUAAUCUAUUGCUAAAUUGUAGACGAUCAGAAAACCUACUGAAACAUACAUAUAUAUAUAUAUAUAUAUAUAUAUAUAAGCACUGACACUAAGGAAGUCUUUUUUUGGAUUGAUGGGACAUGUAUGUAUUUUCAAAACUAACAAAGAUUUGCACAAGCAAAAAAAAAAAGUUUACAAGGCCAAAAUCUACCUGACCCAAAUGCCUUAAAAUUGUGUUGGUGCCCAAAAUAUCCCUUACAUAUGAAAAUAUUUGUGGCAACUGGAGAAUAUAUAUAUUUUAUUUUUUAUUUUAUUUAUUUAUUUUUUAUUUAUUUUUUUACGGAGGCAAGGACACACAAUGUACAAGAGCCUCAAACUUGCAUGUUUUAUUGUAGGCUGAAGUGGUUUUUGGCAUUUACCAUAUUACUUGGUAUUGUUUCCUUUUGUGCUCAUUUCAAAGUGUUGAACUUAAUUUGAAUAAAAUAGAUACAUUAGUACACUUUAAUUCUAUGUAAGGAAAGCACUGUUUAAAAUGCUAACAGAAUCAUUUUAUUCCACAGAGAGAUUGAAGUCAGAUGAGGGCACUCCAAUGGUUCUUAAAUUGAAGGACUGGCCUCCUGGGGAAGAUUUUAGAGACAUGAUGCCAACACGGUAAGAUUAGCGAACCCCUGUGUUUCUUUUGUUACAUUUAUUGGUGUUUAAAAUAAAAGACAUGCACAUCUGUAGUUACAUAGAAUAUUCUAGAACAGGAGUAGGCAAACCUUGGCACACAAGAUGUUGUGGACUACAUCUCCCAUAAAACUCUUAGUCCUAAUGCUGGGAAAACAUCAGGGGAAACGAAGUCCACAGCAUCUGGAGUGCCGUAGGUUGCCUACCCCUGUUCUAGGAGAAAGAACUGCUUGUUAAAAAAAAAAAAAAAAGUGUAUGCUACUUCUUUAUUAUAUAAAGUCAUACUUUAUAUAAAAGUCUUUUUUUUUUUUCCCCAAAGAUUCCAGGUUACGUUAACACUUCAAGCAGCAUAAAUACUAUACCUUAUUGCACAGGUCACUGCAUGUUUUGGUGUAGUCCAUUUUAGUUUUUGUCAGAUUGAAUAGUUAAUGCAUUAUGUGUACAGAUGACAAGGGGUUGAAAUUCCUCUUCAGUUGACAGCACCAGAGGCCUGUAUGUGCCAAAUGAACCAUCUUUUUGCUUUUUGUCUAGAAGUGUGUGUGUGUGUGUGUGUGUGUGUAUAUAUAUAUAUAUAUAUAUAUGUGUGUGUGUGUGUAUAUAUAUGUGUGUGUGUGUGUAUAAAGUCCACUUUUAAAAGGAGCUUAGUCAUCUCUCAAUUCUGACCCCUAAUCUACAGAUGAUUAAAUUAAAAGGGAAAUAAAAUAAAGGAAUCAAGUGGAUGCAUUGAAUCAUACCACCUCUGAGGUAAGAGAAAAAACUUAUUGAUCCAUGUUUUAUAUUUAAGAUUUGAAGACUUGAUGGAGAAUCUUCCUCUCCCAGAAUAUACAAAAAGAGAUGGAAGACUGAAUUUGGCUUCUAGACUGCCUAGCUACUUUGUGCGACCAGACCUGGGGCCUAAAAUGUACAAUGCCUAUGGUACGUAACAGGUUCUCAUAGUUCCCUGCAUCACCAAUCUUUUCUUUUAACUCUGCAUUACUAUAAUGUAGUAACUGAAAGCUCUACUUUUUAAAUAUUUUUUCUUUUACGUUUUAUUGUAAUGACUUCUAUUUAUAUAUUCCCUUGUGCUUUUGUUCUAUAUGCAAGUACUGCUGUCUGAUAUGUUUACUGUCAUGUUCUGACAGGUUUAAUUACUGCUGAAGAUAGAAGAGUUGGUACCACAAACCUGCAUCUGGAUGUCUCUGAUGCGGUUAAUGUUAUGGUAUACGUUGGCAUUCCUACAGGAGAAUAUGCAUAUGAUGAUGGUAAGCAUAUCUAUUGCUUGUUUUAGGUAUGGUUUCUUUUUUGUUUGGGGUUGGCUUUUUGUAUAAUCGUUUUUGCAUUUAAAAUAUUCAUAUUUCUUUUUAUUUUAUAGAGGUUAUAAAAACAAUUGAAGAGGGAGAUGCUGAUGAAGUAACUAAAAAGCGUAUUCAUGAAGGAAAGGAAAAGCCUGGUGCUUUAUGGCAUAUUUAUGCAGCCAAGGACGCAGAGAAGAUCCGUGAACUACUCAGAAAGGUUUCCUUUUUUUAAUUCCUAUAUUUCUUAAUAAUGCCACUACAUGUGAUUUAUCUGUUUGCACAGCUUUGGAUCAGUUUGCAUUUCCUUUUCCAUGUUUUUAAGGUUGGAGAUGAACAAGGGCAAGAAAAUCCACCAGAUCACGACCCUAUCCAUGACCAAAGUUGGUAUUUAGACCAGGCAUUACGUAAACGUCUAUAUGAUGAGUAUGGCGUGCAAGGCUGGGCUAUUGUACAGUUUCUUGGAGAUGCAGUAUUUAUUCCUGCUGGAGCACCUCACCAGGUAUUUAACAUUAAACUCGAUAUAACAGAGCUAUUACAGCCAGUACCUUUAUGACCGAAACCAAGCUUCACACCACAAUUAAACUUUGAAUCUAUAGCUUAAAGGGACAUGCAUCACUUGGCCAAUAUUUUUUUUUUAAAUCAGCAUGCAAACACAUUUAAACAAAUAUACAAACCAAAAUAAAGCAAGAAAAACUUUUAGAAGUAUGUAAUAAACGUCCUCAGAUUGCAUAACUAUAAUAUCGUUAUUACAACUAUAAUGAUGCAUUUCCUAGGGAUAGGACUGGUUAGAUCAGUGCUUCCCACUUCCUCCUCAAAUUAUAUUUAGCUGCUUUUUUCAUCCUGCAGAGUGAGGUAACUGGCUCAUACAAACCUAAAGUUUUUGAACAAUACAGUUUUCUCAAAGUGGCACAUGUGCCUUUUAACCCCUUAAGGACCGAGGACGGUUCAGGACAGUCAUCGGCAUUUUAGCGUUGCCGACCGAUGACGGUCCUGAACCGUCCUCACGGUCCAAUGUACUUACCCGAUCGCCGUCAUUUACCCGGCAGUGCUCCCGGUGUGGGGAGACUGCCUGCAGCCCAGACAGUCUCCCCAUGGCGGAUUAGGACCCCUGUGGCCAUAUGAUCGCUUAACAGAACGAUCACAUGAUCACAAUAGGUGUCCAUGUGUCUGCCUGCAGGGGGACUGCCUGUGCUGACAGGCAGUCUCCCUGCAAGUGUAAAAAAAAUAAAAUAAAGUUAAAUGUUAAUACAAAAAAAAAUAAAAAAAAUUAUAUAUGUGUGUGUGAUUAUAUCUGUAUGAUAUGUCUAUAUAUCAUAUAUAUGUCAUAAUAAGUGUAUUUUUAUAUUAAUAUGUACAUAUAUUAAUAUAAAAAUACACUUAUAAUUAAAUUACACACGUAUAUACAGUAUAUAAUUAUAUAUAUAUUGUGUGUAUAUAUAUAUAUAAUUAUAAAAUACAAAUAAGUAGCUUAAAUUAAAUAAAUGUAAAAUAAUAAAAAAAUUAUAUCUAUAUGAAAUUUUAUUCUAACUGUAUUUUGAUACUAAUAUAUAUAUUUAUAUCAAAAUACACUUAGAAUGAAAUUGUAUAUAUAUAUCUAUGUAUAUAUAAAUAAAUAAAAAUAAUACGAAAUAUACAUAUGUCCAUAUACAAAAUUAUAUAAAUAUACACGUAGACUUCAAAUAUAUAAAUAUGCAUAUAUUUUUAAAUUCUACGUGCGUAAUUAAGUAAUUUUAUUAAUUGCAAUUUGAGGGACCUGCCUGCCAACCCAGGCCGAAAGUCCAGAUAAUUUAAUUUGCUUGCACUGUAUUUUACCCUGUAACUUUCUAUGACACCCUAAAACCAUAGGCGUGCGCACGGGGUGUGCCGGGUGUGCCUGGGCACACCCUAAUCCCCGUGCGCACCCCUAUGGUUUGAGUCCUGCAGGAACAGCGUUCCUGCACUCUUUUGAGCAGGAACGCUGUUCCUGCAGGCACUCAGUGCCCCCUGUUUCACCUCUUGCCCCUGUCAUGGGAGGGCAAGAGGUGAUGAUUCCCCCCACCCUGCAGCUCAGCCGCGGCGAGGGAGCUCUCUGCUCUCUGCUUCCUCUCGCCGCGCGCUGAUGCCGGGAGCCGGAAUAUGACGUCAUAUUCCGGCUCCCAGCUCCAGCAGACAGCCCGCGCGGCGAGAGGGAGCAGAGAGCAGAGAGCUCCCUCGCCGCGCGCUGACCUGCAGAGAGGCGCCCGCCCCCACUGGACCCCAGGGACAAGUCCACCAGCACUCCAGGUGGGAGGCUGGGUGGACAUUUAAAAAAAAAAUUAAAAUAUAAUAAUUUGUGUGUGUGUGUGUGUCUGUGAGUGUGUGUGUGUGUCUGUGAGUGUGUGUGUCUGUGAGUGUGUCAGUGUGUCUGUGAGUGUGUGAGUAUGUGUCUGUGAGUGUGUGAGUAUGUGUCUGUGAGUGUGUGAGUAUGUGUCUGUGAGUGUGUGAGUAUGUGUCUGAGUGUGUGUCAGUGUGUGUCUGUAAGUGUGUGAGUGUGUGAGUAUGUGUCAGUGUGUGUGUGUGUCAGUGUGUGUCUGUGAGUGUGUCAGUGUGUCUGUGAGUGUGUGAGUAUGUGUCUGUGAGUGUGUGAGUGUGUGUCAGUGUGUGUGAGUGUGUGUGUCAGUGUGUGUCUGUGAGUGUGUGUGUCAGUGAAUGUGAGUGUGUGUCAGUGUGUGUCUGUGAGUGUGUGAGUAUGUGUCUGUGAGUGUGUGAGUAUGUGUCUGUGAGUGUGUGUGUCAGUGAGUGUGUGAGUAUGUGUCAGUGAGUGUGUGUUUCUGUGAGUGUGAGUGUGUGUGUCUGUGAAUAUAUAUAUACGUAUAUAUAUAUAUAUAUAUAUAUGUGUAUAUAUAUAUAUAUAUAUAUAUAUAUAUAUAUAUAUAUAUAUAUAUAUAUACACACACACGCACGCGUGCGCGGCGUGUUUGUGCUUUAGGGUGCACACCCUAAUGCAAUAGGCUGCGCACGCCUAUGCCUAAAACCUGUACAUGGGGGGUACCGUUUUACUCGGGAGACUUCGCUGAACACAAAUAUUAGUGAUUCAAAACAGUAAAACAUAUCACAGCGGUGAUAUUGUCAGUGAAAGUGACUUUUUUCAUAUUUUUCACACACAAACAGCACUUUUACUGAUGAUAUAAUUGUUGUGAUACGUUUUCCUGUUUUAAAACACUAAUAUUUGUGUUCAGCAAAAUCUCCCGAGUAUAACUGUACCCCCCAUGUACAGAUUUUAUAGCGUUUUUGAAAGUUACAGGGUAAAAUAUAUGGGUCAAAUAUUUUUACAUUGAAAAUGGCCAGGUUGGUUACAUUGCCUUUGAGAGCGUAUGGUAGCCCAGGAAUGAGAAUUACCCCCAUGAUGGCAUACCAUGUGCAAAAGAAGACAACCCAAGGUAUUGUAAAUGGGGUAUGUCCAGUCUUUUUUAGUAGCCACUUAGUCACAAACACUGGCCAAAAUUAGCAUUCAGUUUAAUUUUUUACUUUUUUCACACACAUACAAAUAUGAACUAUAUAACUUUGGCCAGUGUUUGCGACAAGGUGGCUACUUAAAAAAAACUGGACACACCUCAUAUUGAAUACCCUGGGUUGUCUACUUAAAAAAAAUAUGUACAUGUGCGGGGUGUUAUUCAGAGAUUUAUGACAGAUAAUAGUGUUACAAUGUCACUGUUGAUACAUUUGAAAAAAAUUAUGUUUUGAAACCACAAUAUCCUACUUGUACCUAUAGCCCUAUAACUUGCAAAAAAAAGCAAGUAAACACUGGGCAUUUAAAACUCAGGACAAAAUUUUGAAUCUAUUUAGCAGUUUGUUUUUUUUAUUCGCUUUUGUAGAUGAGUAAAAGAUUUUUCAAGUAAAAGUCAAAAAACGUAUUUUUUUUAUUAUUUUUUUUAAAAAUUAAAUUACAUGAGAGUAUAUAAAUAAUGAUAUGUAAAGAAAGCCUUUUUUGUCUUGAAAAAAACAAUAUAUAAUUUGUAUAGGAACUGUAAAUGAGAGAGCAGAAAAUUAAAGCUAAACACAAACACCACAAAAGUGUAAUGAGGCCUGGUCGCAAAUGUACAACAUCACAAAAACAGUCCAGUCCUUAAGGGGUUAAGCUCCUUAUUGUUGUAAGAUCCAUGAAUAUGUACAUAAAAUACACAGUAUCCAAUUAAAGUUGUGUGUUUUUUUUGUUUGUUUUCUUUACAAAAGCAAUACACAGAUCAAUGGUUGGAAUAAAAUGCAAAACCAAUGCAACGUUUUUCUUUCAGAGUAUAUAGAAUCCUCAAUAGGACAGCAAUCUAGUAUCAUGAAGUCUUUUUAAGAGAGGGAAAUAAUGAAGGUAACAACUGUUAACCACAGGGAAAUAAUGGAGAGGAAAUUAAGAAAGGUAUAGAGAGAAGUAGUAAGAGGAAACAAUGAAGGAACAUACCAUAACAUACUCCUACAAACAGUACAAGUAAAGUCUUUCCCAGUCCUACACUUGCUGGGUAGAUUGAGUUGUACAAAAGUAAGAAAUUAAUGUGCUUCUUUCCUUUGCAAUUGCUGAAUGAAUUGUAAAGUUAAGUUGUAUUGUGUUAAUGUGUAUAAUUUCACCCUAUUGAUUUCUUCUUUAGGUUCACAAUUUACACAGUUGUAUAAAGGUUGCAGAAGACUUUGUCUCUCCAGAACAUGUGAAACACUGCUUCCGCUUGACACAGGAGUUCAGGCACCUUUCAAACACACACACAAAUCAUGAGGACAAACUACAGGUAAUUAAAUUAUUAACUAUGAGUACAGGUGAUGUAGAACAAGUCCACUUUAUGUUCUUUUAAGAGUUUUCAUAUAGAUCUAUCUUAUCUACAUAUGUAUAUGUAACAAGCUUCUUCGUAUAAUAACUUGUUUUCAUGUUUCAAAUGAUUUGUGCAGGUGAAGAAUAUUAUUUACCAUGCAGUGAAAGAUGCAGUCGGAACGCUGAAAGCUCAUGAAUCAAAAUUGGUUAGAUCAUAGUAAAUGUGGCUUUAUUGACUUAGAAAAAAACAAAACCAAACCAUGGUGACACAUUCAGAAGCUGGACUUGUGCUUGCUAUGACUAGAAGCUUUCUUAGAUAAACUGCGUGGAUCCAUUAAACAAGCAAGCCACGAUUUUCUUACAGCCUCAUAUCGAAAGUACCAGUAAGAAGUUCAACUUAUGGAUUUUAUCGGAAGGCAACUUUUUUGUUGUUGUUGCCCUCUCGAAAUCUCACCACACUAGCACUGGCCAAGAGUGCUUCUAGUAUAAUGCAGAACUAGAAAUGUAGAAGAGCACAUGUUUUGCCUCUAUCGUGCUUUGUUUUCUGGUCUUUUAAAGUCUUCUGAGAAAAUAAUUCAAGAUGGACUAACAUAGUUAAAGUGUAAAAUGAAAAAAGAAAAAAAAAAAGCAGAGAAAAACGAUAGUACAACGAAAUAUCUAUUUCAUUGGAAACAAAACUCUUUGUUCUAGUAGUUAUUUGCAAUACAGAUCAGGUGAAGUUUCCAAAACUCUAUUAAAUACCAAUGGCAUAGUUCAAUAUGCUACGACUAAAUAAAAUUGGGGAUGGGGAGAUUUGAUGCUUUUCCUUGGGGUGCUAAAGGGUUGAAAAAAAAUUGUGUAUUUAUUUAAAAAUAUAGGUUUGUAGUAAAGCAGUUACUCUUUCAUGGAAUUAGACAUUUUUUAAAUUUUUGAAAUAUCACAGCUGUUUUUCCUGCAUUAUAAAAAAGGCACACAUUACAGUUAGUCUUCCUUUUAAAUCAACUUUUAAGUAGAUUCAGUCGUAUGAGUGUGGGCUAUAGGUAUCUAGAAGGGUCAAUGAUCCCUACAACAGAACAAGUGUUCGUGUUGACAGAGUAAGCCAUUAUUAGGCACUUAUUCAGAACACUGGUAUUAAAAGUGUAGGUUCACAGUUGCUACUGCGACACUUUGGCAAAAAGUAUGUCUGGCACGUUUUCCAUUUCAUUUUCAGAUUUUACACGUGAAAGAAAAGGGAUAUUUGUACCUUUUUAAUUAGUCUUUACUUUUCUUUUAAUGUUGUCUAAAGCAAAUUUUUUUUAAGUUUAAUAUCAUUAUUUCAAAUUCAAACACUUUCUGGAAUGCUGUUUGGAGAGUUGAUCAUUUCCCCACCUGUACAGUUGUGCCACUUGCAGGUAUGUUUUUGUGUUCAGUUACUCAAGAUUUUUAUGUCUUAUUGUAGACUCUGUUACAUUUUACUUCCUGUAUUUUAAUUUUGUGAAGGGCUGACUAGGGUUUCCAUGUUCUUAUUAAAGUACAAUAAAUCUCUGUGUUUUGAAAUUUUUUUUUAUUCUUCUACAUUUUUGUCUCUCUAAUUUAGUCUUAACCAAUGUCUGGUGGUGAAUAUGAAGUGUGAGAGUUCGGCAUUUAUUUUUAGAUUUGAUGUACUCAUGUUGACAAAUUAUUAAUAAAAAAAUAACAAAUAAGCAG